AUGAUGCUCACAUUUUAUGCCGACCUAUUUGGAGACACCCUGAAAUGGAGGAAAACCCUACAACCGUUCACCACACUGCUACGCACCCACAAUAUCCCAUAUCCCUGGAGAUCACCGCAGCUACUCCACAUUGUAAAAGGUGACUCUGCUCACUCUGUCAGGGAUCUGAUGGAAGUGGCGGCCUUCUUGGAAACCAUCGGCCUCCCACGAGAUGCGCUCACCCGCAAUACCGCUACCACGCACACGUGGGAUCCUGCAAGAGUUACCCCGUUCAUUCCUUAG